AUGGCAACGGAUUCUUCUAAUGGUAAUGGACAUCAGCAGACAACAACCAAAAAACCUCCUUCACCAUCUCCCCUGCGCUUUUCCAAGUUUUUUCAGUCCAACAUGAGAAUCUUGGUCACCGGAGGAGCUGGAUUCAUUGGAUCUCACCUAGUUGACAGAUUGAUGGAAAAUGAAAAAAAUGAGGUCAUUGUUGCUGACAACUACUUCACUGGAUCCAAGGACAACCUUCAAAAAUGGAUUGGCCAUCCGAGAUUUGAGCUUAUCCGUCAUGAUGUUACGGAGCCUUUGUUGAUUGAGGUUGAUCAGAUCUACCAUCUUGCAUGCCCUGCCUCUCCUAUUUUCUACAAAUACAAUCCAGUGAAGACUAUAAAGACUAAUGUGAUAGGAACACUGAAUAUGCUUGGGCUUGCAAAACGAGUAGGAGCAAGGAUUUUGCUUACAUCAACUUCAGAGGUAUAUGGAGAUCCUCUUGUGCAUCCCCAACCUGAAAGCUAUUGGGGCAAUGUUAACCCUAUUGGAGUUCGUAGUUGUUAUGAUGAGGGGAAACGGGUGGCUGAGACUUUGAUGUUUGAUUACCAUAGGCAGCAUGGGAUUGAAAUACGCAUUGCAAGAAUCUUUAACACAUAUGGACCACGCAUGAAUAUCGAUGAUGGGCGUGUUGUUAGCAACUUCAUUGCUCAGGCACUUCGGGGAGAACCCUUGACAGUCCAAUGUCCAGGAACACAAACUCGAAGUUUCUGCUACGUCUCUGACCUGGUUGAUGGGCUUAUCCGCCUCAUGGAAGGACCCAGCACUGGGCCAAUCAACCUUGGAAACCCUGGUGAAUUUACAAUGAUUGAACUUGCUGAGACUGUGAAAGAGCUUAUUAAUCCAAGUGUUGAGAUCAAGAUGGUGGAGAACACUCCUGAUGAUCCGCGACAAAGAAAACCAGACAUAACCAAAGCAAAAGAAUUGUUGGGAUGGGAGCCAAAGGUGAAGUUGAGGGAUGGUCUUCCUCUAAUGGAAGAGAAUUUCCGUCUGAGGCUUGGACGUGAUAAGAAAAUUGGUACCAAAGAUGGAAACAAAUUAGAUGAAGCUACAUGA